AAGAAGCCACAAAUUUUUAUGUUUUAGAUAGAAAAUUCAUUUAGUUUUGGAAUUUGUUUUUAAUAGUAAAGACUAUUGUACAUUUGAUCAAUUAGUUUAAAGUUGAAAGCAAAAAAAAGUUUAGUGUUUUAAAAAUAUUUUGAGCAAGAGCAAAUGUAAGGGUUUCUCUAUUUUCGGUAACUAAAAUCACACACCAACUUUCUUAAAAAAAUGCUUCUUUCUCGAGAGUUGUCAAAAAACCAAAUGAAAAGAUACGAUGUGGAUUAGAUGGAACGGACCAGAACUAAAUUGAGAUCCUCUACGAACACGAAAAGUAAAAAUAGUGCAUGAGGUUACGUGGAAUUAAUAUCACGGAGCCAAAAUGAGAAAAAAAGACCAAAGCAACUAACUAACUAACUAACACAAAAACUGUCAUUAAGACGGAGACUGAGAGAGAAGAGGCAUGCUUGUCGGGAUGAAGACAGAGCAAAUCUCCAUUUUUCUUACCAAAAACUCUCUAUGUCUUUCUCUCUCCCCUUUCUAUCUUCCUUUUAGGUACUAAUGUCUUGCUAAUUUUGUAUUAAAUCUCUCAAGUUUAGCAUUCUUUUGUUUGUUGUUAGUUGUUAGAUAACGAACAUAAUAAGACAGAAAACAUGUCCAAAUUUUCUCAAUGUUUUGGUGUUUGUUUUUUUGAGACAAUUCUAGUGAUUAACGGAAAGAAGGCAGAGAGUUUUGAUUUCUGAGGUUUCCUCUUCUCUGAUGGCUUCUUCCCCUGAAUCAUCUCCUCCUCCGUCAAAUUCAAGUUCAACCUCCUCCACUCCACCGUCUCCUCCUUCUCCUACUCAAGGAGACUCAUCAUCUCCACCUCCUGAUUCCAGCUCGCCACCAGCUCCACAAGCUCCUUCUCCUCCCAGUUCUAGCAAUAACUCUCCUCCUUCUCCGGCAUCACAAGGCGGUGGAGGAAAUGGCGGCGGAAAUCAGUCUCCACCGUCACGUGGCUCCCCUCCUUCUAGGGGUGGAGAUAAUAGUGGCAGCAGAUCGUCACAGUCUGGAAACAAUGGGGGAUCUCGCUCGGAUAAUUCUCCUUCUGGCGGAAGUGGUGGAGGAGGCGGAGGAGGAGGAAAUAAUACGAAUACGGCGAUCAUAAUAGGUGUACUAGUUGGAGCUGGACUACUGAUGAUCGUGCUUAUUAUUGUGUGUCUUAGACGCAAAAAGAAGAGAAAAGAUUCCUUCUACCCUGAAUCCAUGAAAGGAAAUCAAUAUCAAUACUAUGGAAACAACAACAACAACAACAACAACAAUUCUUCACAGAAUUACCCAAAUUGGCAUCUAAAUUCACAAGGCCAAAACCAACAACCUCCUAAUAGUUGGGGAGGCGGUGGACCAUCACUGCCUCCUCCUCAGCAGAUGCCUACAAGUGGAGAUGCUUCCUCCUUGUACUCGGGACCAGCACGCCCGGUUUUACCUCCUCCUCCGCCUACUCUAGCCCUUGGAUUCAACAAAAGCACUUUUACUUACCAAGAGCUCGCAGCUGCAACAGGAGGUUUUGCGGAUUCUAACCUUUUGGGACAGGGAGGUUUCGGCUAUGUCCAUAAAGGGGUGUUAUCUAGUGGUAAAGAAGUCGCAGUUAAGAGCUUAAAAUCGGGUAGCGGACAAGGAGAAAGAGAGUUUCAAGCUGAGGUUGAUAUCAUUAGUCGUGUGCAUCAUCGAUAUCUUGUUUCUUUGGUUGGCUAUUGCAUAGCUGAUGCACAAAGAAUGUUGGUUUAUGAAUUUGUUCCUAAUAAUACUUUGGAGUAUCAUCUUCAUGGGAAGAAUCUUCCAGUAAUGGAUUUCUCCACCAGGAUGCGCAUCGCCUUAGGUGCUGGGAAAGGACUUGCUUACCUUCAUGAAGACUGUCAUCCUCGGAUCAUUCACCGUGACAUCAAGUCUGCAAACAUUCUCUUGGACUUUAACUUUGAUGCAAUGGUGGCUGAUUUCGGAUUAGCUAAGUUAACUUCUGAUAACUAUACUCAUGUAUCUACUCGUGUGAUGGGAACUUUCGGAUAUCUAGCUCCAGAGUAUGCUUCAAGCGGUAAAUUAACAGAGAAAUCAGAUGUUUUCUCGUACGGUGUCAUGUUACUGGAACUAAUCACUGGAAAACGACCGGUUGAUAGUAGCGGCACCAUGGAUGACACUUUAGUGGAUUGGGCUCGUCCUAUCAUGGCUCGUGCACUAGAAGAUGGAAACUUUAAUGAGCUUGCCGAUGCAAGGCUUGAAGGCAACUACAACCCUCAAGAAAUGGCUCGAAUGGUUACUUGUGCUGCUGCUAGUAUUCGCCAUUCUGGACGUAAACGCCCAAAGAUGAGCCAGAUUGUAAGAGCAUUAGAAGGAGAAAUGUCACUAGAUGCUCUAAAUGAAAGUGUGAAGCCUGGAAAUAGCAAAGUUUACGGGACAUCAGGAACAAGCACGGAUUAUAGUCAGACAUCAUACAAUGCAGACAUGAAGAAAUUCAGACAUGUAGCUUUGUCGAGCCAAGAGUUCCAAAGCAGUGAAGCUGAAGGAUCAUGUAGCACUGAUUCCCGAGAGACUAAAAGUCCGGCUGCUCCUAAAUGAAAUCUCUCAUGAAGCCACCAGAGAUGAAUCGACUUCCUCAUGGUAAGAUUAACGAAAGAAAGGAUUCUUGAGGGAUUUUGAGGUUUAAAAAAUAAAGCCAUGUAAGCUAAACAGCAAUGUCAUUGUUACGUUUAGAUUGUUCUUCACGUAUAAGCAAACCCAUGACACUUAUGAAAUUAGGCUAUGACACUAUGGGAUUUCUAAAACUUUAUUCUAAGACUCAGUUACUCCAAUAAUCUCACUCAUGUUUGUCCUUUAGCUAAAUAGAUCUCAUUUUAUCUCA